AUGGCAUUUGCUGCUCCUUUUCUUGCUGCUCCCACUCCUGCUGCUCCUCCUCUUGUUGCUCCUCCCCCUGCUGCUCCUCCUCCGUCUGCUCCUGCCCUGCUCCUCCUCAACAUGUUGUUCCGCCUCAGGCUGCUCCUCCCUGCUGCUCAUCAACCAACUGCUCAUCCUCAGGUUGCUCCUCCUCCUACUGCUCCUCCUCCUGCUGCUCCUCCUCAGGCUGCUCUUCCUCCUGAGCCUGCUCCUCCUACUUCUCCUCCUCAGGCUGCUCUUCCUCCUGAGCCUGCUCCUCCUACUUCUCCUCCUCAGGCUGCUCCUCCUCAACCUGAGAAGCAGCCUGAGGAGGAGCAGUCUGAGGAGGAGCAGCAGGAGGAGGAGCAUAAGGAGGAGGAGCAGUCUGAGGAGGAGCAGACUGAGGAGGAGCAACCUGAGGCGGAGCAGCAUCAGGAGGAGCAGCAGGAGUAG